GGAGUAAGUUUCUGUCUGCUCCUCCUCCUCACUCCUCCCCUGGCAGCACACUUCAUGCCCCCUGUAUGGGCACCAGCUCUCCACAAGUGUCCUGUGUGUGCUGGGGGGAUGCAGGGCAGAGGCUGGAGCCGGGCACCUUGGUGCUGGAGAGUUGGCAGCUGUGUGCCCAGGCAUCUGUCAUCACUAUGAGGAUUACUCUGCUGGACUAGGAGCCUGGAGGAGACUGAUGCCCGGUGCAGAGACCUGGACGCUGAGGUCCUGGCUGGAUGGACUGAGCCCGAUCCCUCUUCACUCUGGGGCACCAUGGCAUUUACUUUCGCUGCCUUCUGCUACAUGUUGUCCCUGGUGCUGUGCGCUGCGCUCAUCUUCUUUGCGAUUUGGCAUAUAAUUGCUUUUGACGAAUUAAGAACCGACUUCAAAAGCCCAGUCGAUCAGUGUAAUCCGGCGCACGCGAGGGAACGACUGAGAAACAUUGAACGAAUCUGCUUCCUCCUCAGGAAGCUGGUGCUUCCGGAAUAUUCCAUUCACAGCCUGUUCUGCAUAAUGUUCCUAUGUGCCGAGGAAUGGUUAACACUAGGACUGAACGCCCCAUUGCUCUUCUACCACAUCUGGAGGUACUUCCACUGCCCGGCAGACAGCUCCGAGUUGGCGUAUGACCCACCUGUAGUAAUGAACGCCAGCACCUUGAGUUAUUGUCAGAAAGAAGCCUGGUGUAAACUAGCAUUCUACCUCCUCUCCUUCUUCUAUUAUCUAUACUGUAUGAUAUACUCUUUAAUGAGUUCCUAAAGGAGGAAGAGGCUGGGAGUUUGGAAAAAUAUUAAGAACUUGCCUGGUUUAGAGAAGAUGUCCACCGACAUUACCGUAUGGGAAUGGACUCUGGUGGACCAGUAUGGUCGUCCUGGACAUCUGAGAAGGGGGCGUCUAUAUGUUUGGCUACGCCAGUUACCAGGACGUUGAGGAAUCGUCGAUCCAUUCCUAACAUUGAUCAUGGAACUAUAGACUUUUUGUUGCCAAGAUCAUGGACGACGGGAGAACAGGUCACCUCGGAGAUGUGGUCUACAAAAUGGCGGCUAUCAUGCAGUAACCUGACAUCUUGAACUUGCUUCUUCUCUAUUGCAAUAAUGUACUCCCCAUUUUUUUAUGCUGACGUCGCUGUCACAUUGAUUGGGGACUAUGCUAAUGGGUGAAUUUGUUUACAUCUUUAUGCCGAUCAUCAGCCCCGCUUCGUAUUCUAAGCUUCAGACGUCGCUACGCGGAGAUUCCUAAUGGACAGGUAAUUUCUUCUGAGAAGCGCCGGCUCGGUCAUACCUGCCACAAGUAAUUACGGAUUAUUCUUUCCAUUUUUUAAGCCUCGCAUGUGUUCAGUUAAGUCAUCUCGCGGCUUGAAGCAGAAUUAUCAUUAACUAUGUGCUGUGCACUCGGAAUGCAAAUUCGGCCACGUCGGGUUGGGAAUUUGUAUUUUGUAUAUCAAUUAGUGUUGGUUUAUACUGAGAGGUAACUGUUCUAAUGCUGUCUGUAGGCGCACAGACAACUCGCCGAAUUUACACUGUUUAUCUUUGUUCAGGUAGUCGCAUCCAACGUACAUAUUGGGGUCGGGAAGGAGUUUUUCCUCUGUCAUGGGGCAAUUGGCAUCAGCCUCAUGGGGUUUUUUUUUUGUUGCUUUCCUCUAAAUCAACGCAGUAGGGUUCUAGGUUGAACUUGAUAUGGAAAUCAUCCAUUUACGGGUCACCCAUAUGGGUCCAAAUUAAAAGAGAACUGUAGUGCAAUACAGUGGUCCCUCAACAUACGAUGGUAAU